AUGAUCGGCACCACGGAAGAUAUAUAUCUGCAGACAUUGCCUUCACCGCUGCAGUCGCCAGCGCCGCCAGUAGCGAUAAUUGUGGGUAAUGAUGUGGACGCCUCCGCUAUGCCCCUCACGUACGAGAGAAAUCGCUUGAUAACUGACAUGCUGCGUCACUACGUCUCCCCCACGUUCCUCGGAGGGAACAGCGCUGCUGGGGAUGCAGCACAUGCAGGCAGUCUUUUUCAGUGGGUUUCCGGGGCCCUUCCUGUGGUUGGCGUGGAGGACAUGACACCAUUUCACGACGAGGCGUAUGUGCGGUAUCUGAGUGUCCGCGAGACACUCUCCGACGUGGACGAGUGCGCCUCGGCUGCAAAACGGUGCAAGGCUGAGGGAAUUCAACCCCCUGUUUCGAGGAGAUCUUCCUUGCAGAUUCAGCCACCACCACGCCAGUUGCUUGAUCUCGUGCCCAUUCAAGAGGAUAUUAGUUUUAAUCUCACUGGCGACAAUACCCCUUUCCUUGGCAUGUGGCGGACUAUUCAGGCCACCGUUUCAGGCACCCUCACUGCCACCCGCUUGCUUGCCCAGACCGGGCGCUUUGCUGCCAUCCAUUGGUUUGGCGGCAGACACCACGCGAAACGACAAAUGGCUGGAGGGUUCUGCUUUGUGAACGAUGUGGUUCUCGGAGUCUCGGAGUUGCGCAAGCUGCUUCCGUUGAACAAAAAAAGGAUUCUUGUGGUUGACCUGGAUGCCCACCACGGCGAUGGCACACAAGAAGCAUUCCUCUUUGAUAAUUAUGUAUUAACACUUUCGAUGCACGCGUAUGGUGUAGGUGUCUACCCUGGAACGGGCGGAUUGGAGGAGAUUGGUGGAGGGCUGGGACGCGGCUUUGCGAUGAACCUGCCGCUGCCAGAGGGCGCAACGGAUGUACUUGCUGUGCCUUUCAUGUAUCGAGCCGUUCGUUCUGCCUUGAAGAAGCUUGGCGACGAUCUAGGUGCUAUCGUCGUCGUCUGUGGAUCUGACGCUCUGUGCGGUGAUCCUAUUGGCACUCUUAACCUAUCAAUUGGUGGGAUACAGCGCAUUGUUAGGCUCCUGCUAACAGAGGCUGCGGAGCGCUCACUGAAGAUGCUAUUACUUGGCGCUGGUGGCUACGUGGAUGUGAGUUCUGCCCGUUUAGCUGGCGCGGUGACGAAGGACGUACUUAGUUGUGCAGCAGCGUUGCGCCGUGGUGAUACAGACUAUUUCCGAGAUUCGGCCGAUUUGUCAACUAGUUUUGGCGUCGCCGUACCGGAUAAUUGCGAAUACUUCACGCGGUACGGUCCAUCAUUUCUCAUGCAUGGCCUCCCGCCCGCGCGUGUGGCAAAAGUGCGCGAGUUGCCCCACGACUCCCCGUUAUUCGUGCGGUUGAAAAGAGCUGCUGAAAUCAGGGCGGUGCGCCUCCGCAGUAUGGAGGAGAGUGAAGAAGAGGAGAGCAGUGAUGAGGAAUCUAGUGACGAAGAAGAAUAUGCAGAGAAUAAUGAAGAAGACGAUUAUGAAGAUGAGGAAGAGGACACAGAGGAGGAAGUUGGGGGGGAAGAAUGA